AUGGAAUCAUCACCAAAUUCCCUUGUGCUGGAGCUCGCGACGCUGGAAGACGUUCCCGCCAUCACCGAGGUAUGGUUCGCUGCCUUCACACAACCGGUGAUUGGGCAACUUUUCCCUAACACCCCCGGUAUGCAUCAAUGGCAGCGAGAUCGACACUAUGGAGACAUUCAGAAACCACACUACAAAUACCUACGAGUAGUUGACACCGAGUCAAAAGAUGAGCAAGGCCGACCGCGACUAGUUGCCUUCGGCAAAUGGGACCUGGCAAUGCCAGAUGAGCGAGGUCGUCGCUUUCCUUCUUGGCAUGCUGACUCGCCCUAUCAGGAGUGCGAGGACUGUAUUGCAAGCUUGGAGCAGGCCAGGAAGCGUGUCAUGGGCGAUGAGAAACAUUACUACCUAGAUUCCCUUGGCACUCAUCCUGACUAUCAACGGCGUGGAGCUGGAUCUAUGUUGGUCCAGUGGGGCUGUGAUCUGGCGGAUAAGGAUGGCGUUGCAGCCUACGUGGAUGCUAGUAAAGAGGGUGCGUCGCUAUACCUGAAACACGGUUUUGUGGACUUCAAUCCACCCGGCUCUAGUGUAGCUGCGAUGGCUCGUCGUAAGGUGGCUCCGAGUGAUUAUAUUUAA